UCUGCUCGCCAAGCCUUCAGAACCCUCGCCAUAUGCACUCUUCACCGAUCACGCGCUACCGGUGACGAGCAUCGCUGCAGCGGGCGUGACCGGCACGAUGACGGGGAGGAUGUGGAGUGCUAGCAAAGAUGGGACGAUCAAGACUUGGAGCUUGAAAACGCGCAAGCUAGUCUCAACACACAUCUUGCCGUACCCCGCACACUUCAUGGUCGUCGACCCUACUGCCAGAUUCAUUUUUGCAGCCGCAUCUGCUCCCUCUGGCGGUGCAGGACUCGUCCUAAAGGUGGACCUGAUCUCGCCAUCCUCUGGCUGGACAGAAGGCCCCAUCGCACACGCAAACGGCGACUCCGGCGACGAUCACGCGGCCAGCACGACACAGGUACAGGUCGGAGGUACACCGACCGCCAUGACGCUGUCGCCUUGCGGCACGCUCCUUCUAGUAGGCACGACAAAUACGACGCUGAAUAUCAUCGAUAUCCACACGUUCCAGAUUCUGCGCACCGUCGAUCUGUCGCCCGAGGUCCAUGCUCAGACGACGUCGGCCUCGUCCAGCAGCAGUACAACCAAACGCCACGUCUCCAACUUGGUCUGUCUGGCCCGGCCGAACGGUAGCGUGGGAACCAGCGCGGGCUCUGCAACCACCGAUCACAAGAAGCGUCGCAUGGACAGACUCGGCAGAGGUCUGGGUGACCAAUGCGGCGAUCUGCACUUCGCCUUGCACGGGUCGCACCGAGCAGGCCAGCUUCGAGCAUUUCUUACACCACCAAGCCGAAUCUUCUCGCGUCCAGAGCCCGUGCGAUUGACAAAGGAUCCCGAGAAAGCUCUGCAACCUUCAGUUGCUCAGUUCAGCUCGACAGACAAGCAGACGCUGGAGGCCCAGAUGCAAGAGAUAGCAUCUCUCCGCGCGCAGCUGGAAAAGGCGACCAAGGUCAACGAGGAGCUUUGGAAAGUGGCUGUAGAAGGCACUGCAGGGGCAAAUGGCGGCAACGCGCCAGGCAAAGCAUCGAGCUCGAAGAGCAAGCGGCGGAAGCAAUGA